CACUUUGGUCUCGACCUCCAUCAUGUCCCCCACGGACGCGCUCUCCUCACGCGGCGCCCGCCGACUGCUGCAUCGCGCGGGCAAGUCGCUCAUGAAAUCGCACCGCCUCGGUGCCCUCCCAUCGCAGAAGCUGGGCGCGCUCUCCCAGCACAUCCGCUUCCGGCCCUGGUUUCUCGUGCUGACAUGCCUGGUCAUGUUUGUGCUGGCCUUCCUCGGGUUCACGAAUCUCUCGCACUCGCUUCCGCUCAACGACAAGCUGUUGCACUUCCUGUGCUUCAUGGUCGCGACGGGCGUGUUCUACUUUAUAUUUGAUGUUGAGGAGGAGGCAAGACGGAUAUGGAUCUGGCGACAUGCAGGGCAGAUCAUGACCGGCUUCUUCUGUUUCUUCUGCGGAGGGAUCUUGAGCGAGUUCGUUCAGUCGAUGCUACCGUAUAAGGAAUUCCAGUUCGGAGAUAUCGUGGCCAACUUAUGCGGAGCCUCAGUAGGCCUUUACCUCUCUUACCACCUUGAGAAAUACUAUAGGCAUAGGCGAGAGAUCGCCCGCCUCUACCAACCACUAGAUACCUCACAAUCAGACCUCGAGGAUGACGACGACGAGCUCGUCGGCGACCAGCUUCUUCCCACCCACACCCAAUCAACAAAACCAGGGAAGGGGUCUGUCGCGCUGCAAGACGUGUGGGACGAGCGGGAAGAGCUGUUCGGCAUUGGCGACAGCGACGAAGAGGACGACCGGACGCCGCGCGUUUCUAGCAGUCGCGCCGGGCCUCCGCCCUCGAAGACGAGUGUAUGAGAUGUGCGCUGAGGCGCGUGUACGAGGAUCGCGCUCGCUCGGGCGCGGCCAUAAUAAGUAUUAGCGUUUGUAACUGUAAUACCACGCUUUGGAAUAGUGAAGGGAGUGCAACAGGGUUGCAUGGGAGUAUGAAGGCAACAGGCGAAGGCUACGACUUCUCGGCCUUCCCAGUCCCCAGUGUCCUUGCCUCGGCCUCUAGGGAGCGUAGGGUCUCCUCUUGUCCGUCGAUGACUUCGUGUCGCUGCUCUACGCGUCGAAGGAGCCCUUUGCACGCAGCGUUGGGGACGGCGCAUACGCGUUCACGCAGUACGGUGUCCAGCGUCGUC